ACCAUGCCUGCUUGCUGCAGUUUGAAGAGUGUGUGUGAAUAUGAAACUUCUAAAGUGGUACGCAUUCAGAGUGUUUACUACGGGAGCAUUAAGUGGGCCAUCCACUCCGUCGUCUUCUUGUAUGUCUGCAUUGUACUGAUUGCUGACAAACGCUAUCAAAAGAGGGACACCGUCAUCAGUUCAGUGCAUACCAAAGUGAAAGGGGUAGCUCAGACUGAACAGAGAAUCUGGGAUACAGCAGAGUACACUGUCCCCAUGCAAGGAAUAGAUUCCUUCUUUGUGGUAACAAACAUCAUUAUGACUGAAAACCAAAUCCAAGGACUUUGCCCUGAGUUCCCCAAAGCCAAAGCAGUUUGCUCUACCGACAAGAGCUGUGUUAAAGGUCGUAUGGACCCCCAGAGUAACGGAAUUCAAACGGGCAGGUGCGUGAAGUACAACGCUACCCUUAAAACGUGUGAGGUCGCUGCCUGGUGCCCAGUGGAGUCCAUCAAAAGUGCUCCAAGGCCUGCUAUUCUGAGGAGUGCCGAAAACUUCACCGUCCUCAUCAAAAACAACAUCCACUUCCCCAAAUUUAAUUAUACCAAAAGAAACAUUUCACCGGAAUUCAAUAUUUCCUGCACAUACAACAAAAUCUCUGCUCCAUAUUGCCCCAUUUUCCGCCUGGGAGAUAUUCUUCACACAGCAGGAGAGAAUUUUUCAGAGGUGGCCAUUCAGGGAGGCAUUGUGGGUAUCGAGAUCAACUGGGAUUGCAAUCUGGACCAAUGGCUCCAUCGCUGCAGCCCCAAGUAUGGCUUCCGGCGCCUGGAUGACAAAAAAGCAAGUGAAGCAUUAUACCCUGGCUACAACUUCAGAUUUGCAAAGUACUACAAGCAGGCCAAUGGGAAGGAGGAGAGGACCUUGAUCAAAGCUUAUGGUAUCCGCUUCGAUAUCCUGGUCUUUGGCACGGCAGGACAAUUUAACUUCUUUGAGUUGUUGGUGUACGUAGGUUCAGCACUCUCCUAUUUUGGCCUGGCUCAAUUAGUCGUUGAUUUCCUUAUCACUUCAUACACAUUUCCCUGCUUCAAAUCAAACCCAGUGAAGGAAUAUUAUUACAGCAAGAAGUGUGAGUCGGUACCAGGGCCCAGAUGGAGUCUGUUGUAUGUGGCAUAUGUUGAUGAGCCCCACGUUGUUAUGAUUGACAAAUUUUUGAGGACAAGCUUACAGAAAAUGAAAGGCGAAAUUAUUCACAAACGCUCGGGCGAUUUCAUGCAUGCUGCCAAACUCCCACCGCGACAUCUGGAUGAAGCGGCCCCCCUGGGAAACGCCGAAGAGCUGCAGCCCCUUCAAAAGAAAGAGGACGAUUCUUCCUGCCUCCAGCGUCCUUCUUGGUGCUGCUGCGGAAGAUGCCGCCCAGCGCAGCCGUACUGGGAGCAGCUGUGCUGCCGGAGGAAGGGUGGGACAUGCAUCACCACUUCGGCUCUGUUUGAGCAGCUCGUCCUUUCCAGAUCCACGCUGGAGUUCGUCCUCCUCUAUGAAGACCCCUUGCUGGACCUCAAGGCAGAGGCUCUCACCAAGCAGCUGCGACACUGUGCGUAUAAGCAGUACAUCCGCUGGCGCUUUGGAGAGGAUGGCAACCUAGAAAAGCUGGCUGUCCUCCCAAACUGCUGCCGGUGGAAAAUCAGAGAGGCCUUUCCCAGCGAGGAUGGCCAGUAUGCUGGCUUCAGGAGGAAGAAAUAACUUUCCGUGGAGACUUUCCAU